GCUCUAUCAAUCGACCCUUUUGGCAGACUGGCAGCUACAGUAGUUACAUAAGUUUGCUGUUUGAACAGUUUUCAUUGGCCGUCCAUCCCCAACUCGAAGUUCGAUUGCUGCGCAUUCUCACAGCCAUUUGGAGUUUUUGUUUGUGGAAGCUUGCUCCAAGUCGGUGAGCCAUGGAGCUUGAUGGUUGAAGUGGAAGUGGUGGCUGGCUUGGGGCGGUGCCUAGUGGCCAGCAGAGAUUUUCAGGCGAUGAGGGACGAGUAAUGAUUUCUUCCCAAACAGGCAGGCCCAAGCUUCUUGAAGUUGCAUGUGCUACAGCCAGUUUGCUGUAGGUAUUCUUAGGUCAUUUCCGCAGCCACUGGCUCAUUGUUCAGAAGAAGGGACCGUGUGGAAGGUGUGAAGAACACAUGGUGGGAACAUGCUGAAGCAGCAUCCUCCAUGAGCACCGGUGACCAAAGAGAGUCAUGGUGUAUUUCUCCCUGCUGACAGGACCAGAAGUUCAAUUGCUUUUGGCCGAGCGGCUUCAGGCACCGGUUGGGUUUGAUCCCGUUGGAGCCUUUGAGGCGGAAGAAGAGGUGGCAUUUGCACAGCCCUCCCUUGGCUGGAGGCGCUUCAAGAAGGACUACAAGCCGCAGAGAUGGAAGGCGUAGCAGCACCCUAGCAGAUUGGAAGAGCAUAAUAUACUACAACGCUUCACAGCCGUUUGCCACCUGGAUGGGAAAAUCCUUUUGUCCCAAGGUCUGUUGAGGAGUGUGUAAACCAUAUUUAUGGCGGAAGCACCCGCUGCUCUUUGCCUAAUACAGAUGUAUACGACAGGCUGCACGGUCCCAUACCCUCUUUACUUUCCAAUAAACAUCAUCCCAAGACCUCGAUCCUCUUAAUCUCUUGAAAAAAUACCUCAGACUCAGCGUUCUGAUGUUUCGAGUCCCACGGAUUUCUGCCUCAACCCUUCGAUGGGGAACGUCGCAGCUGUGCCGACAAACCAAUACGGCUGGUGCCCACGGAGGGCACUGAUAUUCCGCCAGCAGACCCUCCGUUGUGCCACAGAGGACCUGCUGGGCAGUGUUUGCCCUCGAAGUCUUCGAACAAACUGUAAAAGCCUCGUCCGGUUCGUUUGGUUCUUCCUCCCGUUUCUCGCAAAAGUAGGAGAAAGCUGAAAAGGGGAUGACUUUCCAUUUUGUUCACUCCAGCCUUUCCUCUCCCGCAGAAGGAGAUAGAAGGAGCUCCAAGAAAAUUUGAAGGACGGGGUAGGCCGGGGUAGGUAGUCUUCUUGUGCUCACAUCAGUCUCAGUUGAACUUCUUUGGCCUUCAGGACGGUAAAAUGAGGAGUGAGAAUUGGUCAUUUACCCGGAUAAGGUAGUAGUAGGAAGACUGCUAUUGAUUGAUGCACAAACCUAACAAUAGGCUGUGAUUGACUUAUAUAGAAUCGUAAGCGCCAGGAGUGAAUCAACAAGGAGUCUUGUGAGCUUGGCCACUCGUGUCGCCACCAACUUGACAACUGCAAGCACACUAUUCAGCGUGGCACCUUCAUCGAUGUUCACUUGUGUUCCUCUUCCUGUCCUGAGUGUUGUGAUCGUGUCUAUUGCAAAAAGUUAAAAAUGCAAAAGAAGCGACAGCAUCGGCGGUAUCGCAGGAUGCCAAGAAAACAUGUGAGCCAAGCCAUCGCGGUUGGAUCACUUAGAGCUUGCUUCGUUUUAGCCAAUCGCGGAUGUGCCAGAUGCAGGUGAGGGGACUUGAGAAAAGGAUGAGAUCGCACAGCUUGUGCAUCUCCGGUCAGUCCAACAUGUUGCAUGCGAGCAUGGCGUUUGCUUCAAAGUCAGCGCCAUCCUGAAAUUCUCGCUGCUCGUCACCAAGAGCCUUGUGACAAUCUGAUAGCAGUGAGGCACCCAUGAGAACAGUUCCUUAAACGCUUUGAGUCGUAUGCCUGGGGCGGUUUUGCAAAAAACGAUUUGAGUCAACGGGUGCCCUGACCCCUUGGCCUCACAUGAAGCGAAACUUGCGGAGGAGUCUCUUAGGUCUUUUCAGAGGUUUUUCUUAGGUCUCUUAGGCCUUUCGGAGGAACCUCUUAGGUCUUUAGGAUGUUUUGCCUCACCUUCACUUGUUUGAGGAGCUCAACCUAUUGCAGAUCAACCUUCCCCCUAGCAUGCCCUAUGUCGGGGCAAUGCUCGCACGGCGAAACAAGGUGUUGUGAGCCCACACGGUGACAUAAGGCGUCCUGGGCUGGGGCUCGUGUAGCAGAGAACCGGUCACUAGAGAGACCAGUUGAUGACCAUUGGGACACCUAGCCAUGCUUCAAGAUCUUUUAGCCUGUGACUUGCAGACCUUGGAGUUUUCCAAAGUUCUAGCAGCUGAAGUCAGGCACCCAACCUCAGGAUGUUGACCAAAACAAAUAAGAGAUGGGUGAGAUGCUCAGGUUUCAAGGCACACAUGUUCACAGAAAAUCACCUCAAUGAUGACCGAUGUUCGCCUCAAUUCAGAGAUCCCAUUUCACCGCGGCCGUGCAGAACUUCAGAACCCUGUGCCAACCCCAGGACUGCAGGACUAAUGCCUUCCGCCUUUGGGUGCAUGAUGCCGCAAGCGCCUGCCCGUUUCAGCAGAAGAUAGCAGAACGGGUGCGGGGGAAUCGUAACUUGUUCUCAUGUGUUUUGACGUUUCCGUCACUGAGGCCUUUCUUGACAUUGUAUGACUUGAUGUUUUGUCCAAGUCCUGUUUCCACUUGUGUUAUAUUCCUUCUUCUCCAGCUGGACUGAGAACCCAACGAGCCACACUGCGCACUGGCCGAGCUCGAUUCAAUCAGCGCUUGUGGUGAAAAAGCCGCUGUGUGGUUCAAAGGCUGGAGCAAGUCAGUGCUGCUUAAGCGCCGCUGAAGCGCCCUGAGCCUCUAGCUGGAUCUUCCAAGCGCUGGUUGAUGCAAGGGACCUCUCUUUCGCUUUGUUGGAGUUGAGCGACUGCCUCGGGGGAAGAAGCGAACGGACCUUGAAGAUCCUUAAAGAUCCAUCGAUGAGGCCCGUCGGACGUCCCACAACGAGGGAACUGGACGUCCACGUUCCCGCGCUCCACUCGUGAGCGACUGCCACGGGUCCGUGGUUUGGGACCCCAAGAAAGAGUGCCUCCAGCUAGGUUAGUGGAGUGUCUCCACGAGUGCUUCCCUGCCGCUUCGCACCAGUGGGCUUCUCGUCACAAGAGGCAUCGCUUCUUGUCCCUGUGCUGCUUUGGCUGGUGCGCAUGCACGGCUCGAGCCGGUCAGCUCUUCUGUCGAUUUGCAACAAGUCCGACAAGUUCACAAAAUCGGAGUGGCUUGCUGAGACCCCGCGGUCCUGGCUAUUCCCAAGUAUGUCGUCGUCCGUCUUCAACUGUUUGCAGACUGUUUUUCGGACUGAGCACCCGCUCGUUCAGCGAAGGAAUACAAUUUUGCUUAGAAAUGGUGGGGCUGCUUCUGGUGUGACAAGGCUUGAUGAGAUUCGCAAGGAGAACCACAGCUACACUCUUCUAUCUCAGCCAUUUGCAUUCGAAUAUCCUGCCAAGUUGUACUGCUGCACCUCUUCGUUGUAACGGGCAAACCCCCCGCAGUCCGGUGAGCGGUGAGAUCCCCACGGCAACGGCGGUGGUGGACCCAUCUGGUGGACCCAGGGCCGCGCACGUCGGCCAAGGGUUCAGACGGUCUGGGGAGACGCGACGUGACACCAGGUGGUUGUGUGUGUGUGCCCAAUUUGCAAUGGGCGGUCACAGGGCACAUGAGAGGUCACAGCGGCCUGUUCACCCAAAUACACUCCUUCACUUGGUUGCCGCAGAAAAUCAAGUUUUUACAGUAAGUAGCCUUGAUUGAAUGCAGCCAGUGCUUGACUCUAAGCUGAGGAGCUGAGGUGGUUAGGCUUAAAGUGAUGCUCAAAGCAGCUGAACACGGUUUGUCCAAAUCUUAGAUUCUUAGAUAGACUCUCCUCCCAAUGUCUUAGUUCUUCCACCUUCACCACCUCGAACUUGACGCUACCUUGCUUGGGUGAGUUCUGUGGACCAUCUCCAGACCAGUCCAUUUUGGUGGCGCUGUUCCAACCACCCUGCAGCCCUCCUUCGAGUGACCUGAGAUGAUCAACGGCAAAGGGAUGGACUUCCACAAGCGCUCAAUGUUAAGACCGAUGAAGAAUAGAUGCCCGAGUUGUAACACAGCACAGUGGAACACCUGUUUUGUUCGGACGCCCCGCUUGAAGUGGACAGGCUAGCGAUCUUUGGCGUGAUCUCACAAGGUAGCGCUGCCUUGGCGAGGUUUCCCUACCAACAUGUCCACACACCAUACGAGACAAGGGACAUGGCGUGCCAGCCGGAUGCUAGUUACAAGCGAGAGGGCAGUCCAGUUCAGGACCACUGGCCCAUUGUAAGGUUGGUUGUGUUCAUAGUGCAGCAGCUGGCAAAGUCUGGCAGUCCAGCAGUAGCAGCUCCAGCACCACCUUAACAACUGCAUGCUGGAUACCUCCCACAGAUUUUGCAGUUGAUAACCCCGCAUGUAUGUGUAACAUUGUAUACUGUAUAACCAAACAUUGCGUUGUGAGUAUCACUAUCACUGCAUCACAACAUUGAAGAAGGCCAGAAAGCCAAGAUUCAUUUGAGUGUUUUUAUUUGCCGCGAUUGCCCCGCAUUUUAUGCAUCUAGAGCAACGCCCAGCUUUCUCAAUGUUGCUUUUGUGGGUUAUCCACUUUGACAUAUUGAAGUUUGUGAUAGGCCGGCGGUCUUCGCAGAGCCUUGUGUAUACACCCUUGCCCAUUCUUGCCGCUUGGGGACUAUUGAAGUCAAAUCAAGUUCUGAGUGUGUGCCGUAAUUUCAUGGGGGGCAACUUCCUCAAACAUGCUUGCCAUCUUGCCAAUGGCAGCAAACAUGCUGACUUUGUUCAUACAAUCCUAGCCUUGGAGAUGAGGUGGCAUGAACAUAUUCCGUUCACAUCGUGUCUCGCCCUGUUAGAUCUGUGAGGCGAUUCUUUCACUGCGUGAGCUGACAUGUCCCAUGCCGCCGCGUCUUCGGCCUGUUCAGCACAUGCUGAACGUCCGUGCUCCAUUGGCAUUGGGAUUUGACUUCGGCCAUAGUUACAGUAGGCAGACGUUGCAAAUCCUGUGUUUGGCUUGGGGCGAAUGUUGAGGCAGGUUUGACAUGAGAUAAGCUGGUGCCUGUAUUUUGCCAUGCCGCGUUCCUGAUUGAAAUUGUGAUUGCACGUGAUUUGUGCAAUUUGUCAACGUUUCCAUUGAGAUGACGGGCUUGCCGCGCCAGUCAUUGAACGAUGCGCCGCUUUGUUCCAGAGAGAAUCCUGCCUAGUGUCCUGCCUAUGUUUAGCAAAGGUUUGGACAUUUCCAUGGUGGCGUUGGAAUGCGAAAGGCCAAACUUUAAUUGGUUAGUUCCUGGGCACUAGUCACUAGUGAUGUAGGACCACCUCCAUGUUCAAAGCAGUGCAUGUGAGUUCCAAGUGUUCCAAGCCAAGUUUGUUAUGUUUGCUUUAACAAAAUGAAUGGCGUCAUCAACCCCUUUGUUGCUUUGCUGGCCUGCGAUGCCCCAUUAAUUCCAACGCAUCCAAGAGCUUAUCCCAUGGCCAGCGUCCUUCUUGAUCCGACAGCAGCUUCAAAAUUGAUUGUUUUCCGCGUCCCGUGAAUGCACUGACCGUGCCGAUUCAACCGAACUGUGCUGCCAGCACCACCACCAUGGGCAGCCCGUGAGCCAACGAAACUCAAUGGUCGGGGCUCCAGACCUUUCGGCUCUGUGUCGUCAAACUUGACGCCCAGCCAAAGCAGCUGGGAUCUUGCAAGCACGAUCGUCAUCUCUCCCCAGCCUUCACGCUCCCCCCGAGUCGCUGCUUUUUGUCCGGACAAGGCUGGCCAUGUGCUCCUCUCCGAGCCACCGCUCCUGGCGGCCAGCGCCGUCCCCGCGCCCGCGCCCGACGACGUCACGGGGGUUUUGGCCGCUGGGCCUUGGACGUGUGCCGUGCUGUCGCCCAGCGCCGCCCGGCGCCUGGCUGGGCUGGUGCUGAGCUAUGCUCGCAGUGACCGGAAGGUGCGGGAGGCGGUGCUUCAGUUGGAUGAUGCCAUGUCGGAGCGCCUGGCUGGAGUGAUUCGACGCUUCGCGCUGCAGCUGCGCACGGCGGGCUUCGCCGGUGAAGUGCCUAAACCGGAGUUGCAGUGCAUCCUGCGCAUUUUUUGGGUGAACGGCUUUCCCUUUGGAGAGGACGGCUCAGCAGUCUUUCCAACAGCAUGCUAUUGCGCGCAUUCCUGUACGCCCAAUGCCGCCUACUACACCGAUGGGCGCCAUGCACAUGUGGUGGCCAUGCAGCCCUUGUGCAAAGGAGACCUCAUCGAAAUCUCCUACAUCCAGCCGCCGUACAUGUUGCUGCCCAGAGACCUUCGACAGCAAUACAUUGAGAGCACAAGAGGCUUUUGCUGCCUUUGCAACCGCUGCAUCGGGGAGCAGGACUCAACUGUGGAAGAUGAGCCCACUCAUCGUAGCCGACUGGAUGUGGAACUUGAUGUGAUCGCCUUCGCAGAGAACCCAGCAGCCCUAGACUUCGAGGAUGGCUCUGAGAUCCUCCCUCGUGGUGUCCAACUGGAAGUUCUAUUGGCCCAAUGUUCCAUGUAUGGUCGUCUAGAGCUGACUUUCUGGCUCCUGCGCUUACGUGUCUACCGUGACCUGGCACGCCUCGCCGGGUACCUCAACGCCUUGCGCUUGGAGGAUCUUCGGGAGCUGAUCUUGUGCGCAGGUGCCGUGCAUCAGCAUCUCUAUCAGAAGUUGGACCUUGGCUUGUUUUCCCCUUCUUGGAGGGGGAGCUUCAUCGACCCAAAGACUUGACAACGACAUGGCUGACCUGUGCAGACAUCCUGAGCCUCAAAGCUCAGGAGAUUGAGGAGGCAUCUCUAGGUGAUGGCAGGACGGCGGAAGCUAGCUUUGUGGACGACGACCUUCUUGCUAUGGCCAUGCUUGGAAGGCACGUCGCCUUGCAGCUUGCCACGGAUGCUUGCAAGAGCCCGAUUCAAUGCUGCGAUGAGCUUUUGCAAGCAUCCAGGAGUGCUGCUUUGGUGGGGA